AUAAAAAAUCUUUUUAUGAGUCGUUAUUUUUUCUGUACUUAAUUGGCACUGUUGUGUAGGACUUUAUUCUGCAAGAAUAAACAAACACAGGGACGGUCAGUCAGUCAUGCAUGCGCAUUCCCAGUAUUCAGUGUGCAUUCUAUCAGGGAACCUUGCCAGGAAACUGAAGUUGGGGAAAACCGGAAGCAGCAGCUUGGUGCUGAAAAUGAUCCUAAAGAGGGCUGAUAAGUUUAUCUACUGAAUUAAACAUUUAUCACAGUCAAGGAUUAAGUAGAAUAAUACUUUAUAUGAAACUUUAUAUGAUGUGAUGAUGAUGAUGAUGAUGAUGAUGAUAGUGAUGAUGAUGGUGAUGGUGGUGAUGCUGAUGCUGAUGAUGAUGAUGGUGAUGAUGUGAUGAUAGUGAUGAUGAUGGUGAUGAUUAUGAUGGUGAUGAUGUGAUGAUGAUGAUGAUGAAGAUGGUGAUGAUGGUGAUUAUGAUGAUGAUGAUGUGAUGAUGAUAGUGAUGAUGAUGUUGAUGAUGUGAUGAUGAUGGUGAUUAUGUAAUGAUGAUGAUGAUGGUGAUGGUGAUGAUGAUGAUGGUGAUGGUAAUGAUGGUGAUGAUGUGAUGAUGAUGGUGAUGAUGAUGAUGGUGAUGAUGUGAUAAUGAUGAUAGUGAUGAUGGUGAUGAUGAUGAUGGUGAUGAUAAUGAUGAUGAUGGUAAUGAUGGUGAUGUGAUGAUGAUGAUGGUGAUGAUUAUGAUGGUGAUGAUGAUAAUGAUGAUGUGAUGAUGAUGAUGUUGAUGAUGGUGAUGAUGUGAUGAUGAUGGGGAUGAUGUGAUAAUGAUGAUAGUGAUGAUGAUGAUGAUGAUGAUGAUGAUGGUAAUGAUGGUGAUGUGAUUAUGAUGGUGGUGAUGAUGUGAUGAUUAUGAUUGUGAUGGUGAUGAUGAUAAUGAUGGUGAUGAUUAUGAUGGUGAUGGUGAUGAUGAUGAUGGUGAUGAUGAUAGUGAUGAUGAUGAUGAUGAUGAUGGUGAUGAUAGUGAUGAUGAUGAUGGUGAUCAUGAUGGUGAUGAUGGUACUGCCAUCACCAUCAUCAUAUGCUACACCUAGCUGCUUUUCCAAAUACAAGUCUGGCAUAAUAGCCAGUGCAAAUAUUUCAAAUAACAGUUCCUGACAUUGCACUAAGCCUACUGGCUGCUAUUUUUGCACUUGAAAAUGAUUAGUCAUUAAAAAGUAAAUAAAUAAAUAAACACGCAAACAAACAAACAAAUAAAUAACCUUUUAUGAGUAGUUACUUUUUUCUGUAGUUAAUUGGCGCUGUUGUGUAAGACUUUAUUCUGCAACAAUAAACAAACACAGGGACGGUCGGUCAGUCGUGCACGCGCAUUCCCAGAGCUCUAUUCAGUGCGCGCGCACGCUGUCGGGGAACGUUGCCAGGAAACUGAAGUUGGGGAAAACCGGAAGCAGCAGGUUGGUGCUGAAAACCUCCUAAAAGAUAACAGACGAGGGGGGGCUGCUUAGUUCGUAUGUGCCGAAUAAAGGAUUUUUAUCUUACUCAAGGAAUGAAGCAGAAAUAAACAUGGCACUGACCCAGACUGUGGUUUUGUCCUUUUUAAUGACGCGCGGCGGAAAAGUGAAGAACACGGAGCUUUUGAGCGCGUUCACGGCGCACAUCAACUGCAGCGAGCCGGAGCAAAGAAGACGCAACAGGGAUCUGUUUAAGAGUUUCAUCAACAACGUGGCUGUCGUGAAACGUGUCGAUGAUGUCAAAUACGUCGUCGUGAAGAAGAAAUACCAAGAGAUGAUCAAUGAAGGAAAGUUCUCCAUAGCAUCAUCACCAUCAUCAUCAUCACCAUCCUCAUCAUCAUCAUGCACAACACAACAGAGUUGCUUUUCCAGAUGUGAGUCUCGCUCUAUAACCAGUGCAGAUAUUUUAAAUAACAAUUCCUGGUUUUGCACAAGUCCACCUGGCUGCUCUAUUAACACCUCUAAAGAUUUAGUCACAAAACAACAGUUGCAAAGUAGACCAGCUGAAUGUGAUGCCGUGAUUUCUCCUGUCACUACAUCCAACCAGGAGGAAUCUUUGACUGCUCGAGUACUUAAUGUAGCUAAUAAUACCAGAAAGGGCAAAACGGGGGCUGUUUUUGCUGUUGUGGCGAUAAAAUCACCACCUCAUUCACAAACUGAGAAGAUACAAGUCAACCUCAGAACACCUGCCUGUCUUCAGAGAUUGGACAUCCCACCACAGCAGGAGUUAAAAACUGUGGAAGCUGGAAAGAGUUCCCCGUACCUGAAUCAUGAACCUGAUCUAAACAAAUCACCAAGAACCAAAAGGAGACAGACGGUGGUGCCUAGUUCACCAGCACUGAAAAGAGGAAACAAAGUCCGUAAACCAGGUUUCAGUGAUAAGGACUCGUCAGCGAUCCGUCUGGAGCCACGAGAACACGAGUGGCUUGUAAUGUCAGCAACAGGACGCUGGAGUCAACUCUACAACCUCUUGCUGCAGGAUGUCCUCCUGGCCGAGAAGAGAAACUUCAUAUCAGGCUUCACGGCACUUCACUGGGCCGCGAAACACGGAAACGUCAAAAUGGUGCGCAGAAUCCUUGACAUUGGUGAGAAAGUUGACGUGAACAUCAAGAGCCAUGAUGGUUACACGCCUCUGCAUGUUGCUGCCAUUCACAGCCACGAAUCAGUCUUAAAUUUACUGGUGCGCGACUACGGUGCUAACUGCCAUAUACGUGACAACAGUGGCAAAAAAGCAUAUCAGUAUUUACGCAAAGAAUUGUCGGCUGAAGUGAGAGAGCUGCUCGGAGACCCGGCUGCUUCGUGUCAGGUCACACAGCAUGCAUGCUCAGAUGAUCAGCACUUUUCCGAUUUGUCUAAAAACCUCAACACAUUUAGUAAACUAUUUCAAUCCAGCGUGGGACACAGAAAGAAAUCCAGACUUCGAUCAAGCUUUCGUUCAAUCAGUGAUGAACAGGAAGAGAACAAGAAAGACUGCUCAUUAGACCACUAACACGAAUAAAGUGCACAAAUGAGUUUAUGCACUUGAAUAGAUGUUUGCCGUAACAUAUCUGUUUUUAAUUUCAUUUAUAGAGAUAUUUAGCUUUUAUACUACAGUACUACUAAUACUACAGAAUUCUCGCAUCCGAUUGGUCCGACAGUAGUCCCAGCUCUAAUUGAAAUGGUAGUUUUAUAUUAAGGAGCCUGUUCUAUUAUGGCAUCAUUUCUAUAGUAACAGCUUAUUCAGUGGGAUUCGUAUGGUGGACUCUCUGCAUAGUCCAAGAAUAAUCAUAAACAUAAAAACAGUGUUAUUUAAUGAAGAAAAACGUAUUAAUUGUUACUAAGGAGACAUUUAUUUAACAUCUGUGGAAGGAGUCUCCAGGGUCAGUGUAUUUGUGAAAGUUUCCCAUCACAAGAAAAUCUUUAGGACUGAGGACUUUGCUC